GUGGGCCAGUGGCAGGCGCGCACGUCAGAGGCAGCGUCGGCGCUCCUGCUCCUGGCCCUCGGCAGCACAGCCAUGGCGGACAGCGGCCUGGGCGAGUGGUACCGCGGCAUCCCGCCCGUCACCCGCUACUGGUUCACGGGCUGCGUUGUGCUGCCCGUGUUGGAGCGGCUCAACGUGGUGAGCGGCAGGUCGCUGGUCCUGUGGGCCGAUCCCUUCUUCAACAACUUCCAGAUAUGGAGACCUGUGACUGCAUCCAUGUUUUACCCAAUGGGAUUCCAUUACUUGAUUCAGCUGUACUUCCUAUAUUCAUAUUCCUCUAGCUUGGAAAGAGGGUUCUUUGAUGGGAGAACAGCCGACUAUGUAUUUAUGUUGUUUUUCAACUGGAUUUGCACAGUUAUUCUUGCAUUACUCAUUGGAAUGCCCAUAUUGUUUAUCCCACUGAUUCUGACAAUGGUUUAUGUAUGGGCACAACUCAACAAAGACCAGACUGUGACAUUUUGGUUUGGAAUGACAUUUAAGGCUUGUUAUCUACCUUGGGCUCUGCUAAUAUUCAAUUAUAUACUGAGAAAUGCGAUAAUGGAUGAGCUGGUUGGUAUCUUUGUCGGUCAUAUGUACUACGUUCUUAUGUUUAAAUACCCUCAAGACUAUGGAGGAAGAACAUUUCUCAGUACACCACAAUUUCUGAUGCGAUGGCUUCCACCCAGGAGAGGUGGUGUGUCUGGGUUUGGAGUUCGGCCAGCGAGCAGAAGACCGCAAGUUGAAGAGCAGGGAGGUCGAUGGGGGAGAGGGUAUUUCUGGGGGCAAGGUCAAAGGCUGGGCGACAACUGAAUUUUUUAUUUAACCCACAGCUCAACAGCUGAAUUUGAAUCAUAUUCUGUACAAUAUGUGUUGCCUGACAGUAUCUUGUGUUCUGAAGUUAAAACUGAACGAAUAAUAAUGACAAGAAUACCCAUAGGAGCAUGGCUUUUUGACUAAAGAAAUGUUUAUGAUAUGGAACAGUAUCAAAUGUAUACGCCAACAGGUUGUAGAUGCCAUGAAGCUGAUUGAAUGGGGUUCUAACUUUCAAGAAUUUUAUAGUGAAUCAAAGUUCCUAACUUAAAAGUUGGCCAGUCCAUACAUUGAAUAUUUUUUCAUUAGUACAGGUAACCCACACUUGUCCUCCAUAACAAAGGAUAUCUUCCUUUCAACCCUUCCUUGGGGGAAUGCUGCAAAUUGGCAGGAUAUAUAGGAUCCCAAAAAUUCUUGUAUUCUUCUGCUGCCAUCCACUUAACUAUAUUGGACCAGAUCACCCUGCAAUAAGGUGCCAGGAAUACGGAAGAGCAUGAAUUAGUACCAGCAUUUUGCCCCAUGUGCCUGCGCUACUGAAGAGCAAGUUACUUUCUUGUAAAAUUCUGAUUAAAUAGUUUAAAGAGUUGGUGGCUCUAUUUGUGUUUCUGUUCAACACAGCUGGAAGAUUAAGUCUGCCAGUUGUUAGUGAAUAUUAUUUCUGUUAUUUUGCUCAUUUCUUCAAUGCAGAUGUCAGCAGUUUUUGCGUAUUGAAACAGAUGGGAUCAAUUAUUUUUCCAUUGGAAUCCACAUUAUGAAAACAAUGGUGUUUACAAGACAGAAAACUGCCCUGCUCAAACUGUUCUUGUUUCACCCCAUUCUUCUUUUUUAUUAAGAUGCUGAUUGGUACCAGUUGAGGAGAGUUGCCGAGUUAGGUUGUCCAACCUCAGCCCUGUACUUGAUACUGCUGGUAGUGUGUUUAUCUUAGGGUGCAUAUCACAAAUCAAUGACAUGGUGUUGACACCAUAUUUGUUAUUUGCCAACAUGCUUUGCAUUGGGGUUGAUUUUGAGGUAGAAGAUGAAAGUUUUUAAAUACACUUAAAAUAUUUACAAAUAUAUUUGCAACUCCUCUUGCAAUAGGGUGACAAAAUCAAACAUCACUUGAACUUUGCUUCAUGUGUGUAUCCUCAAUCCAACAAAGAUCAAAGACAUAUGCUUUUCUAUAUUGACUUCCUUGUAAAAGACUGAUGGUAAUAUUUAAUAUCCUCAAACUUCAUGCUCCUAUUAAGUAAUCUAAAAUAUGUUAAAGGUCUUGUGUAUCCAUGCAGAGCUUUUCCAAUAUAAAUUGAACUAUCCUUUAAAAUUGAAUGGUGUUGCACCAUAAUUAUGCAACUGGCAGUGAAACCACUGCACUGCCUCUCACUGGCAGAAAAGUAUAAUUACAGAGCAAAACUUUACCAAGACCUUUAAAAGGUGGAAAAAGUCAACGUUUGCUGGAAUGGAACUGUAAGAGGCUAAAAACCUGAAUCUUCAUUUACUGCUUUAUUUGAGAACCUUCAUGAUUCAACAUACACCAUGUCACAAGCUUUUUAAUGUAGUCUUGCAAUUGAAUUUAACACCACCCUUUUUUUAAACUCAAAAGAACAAAAUUGUAGAUUCACUAAGGACUUCUGCUCCUCAAUCCCCAUUUAAACCAACACUUGUGAAUGGAAAACUUUCUGCCCUUGGUAUGUGAAAUUAUUUAAAUAUUGUCAUGCAAAGAUCCUGGGUAGGUGUGUGUUGGUACUGAUCAGUUAUACAACAUGGAAACAGGCCCUUAGUGCUUAACUCGUCCAUACUGAUUAAGUUUUCUACCCAAAUUAGUCCCAGUUGCCUGGCUGGCAAAUAUCUCUCGAAACCUUGCAUUUUCAAAGUGAAUCAUUCUGCAGAUGGACUGUUGGUUAGCUUAAACCCAAUUUUAAGUCUCAUUAAUAUUAAUAUAUGGCCCAGUGUAAGUCUAGGCUUGUUAGACCAAUUACCCUUUUUAUACAAACUGUAAAAUAAAAUUAAAGGUCUAACAAAUCUGACUACAGCCACUGAGUGUUGCCUUUUUUUCUAACCUGUCUCCAGAGAGACAUGCACAUCUAUUUAACUAGGCACUUUGACUCAGCUACAAACCUACACACUUUACAUUAUUGAUGAAUUUGUAAAGCCCAAAAUAAUUUUAUUAAAUGAUUGCUUUAAAUACAUUUUUUUAAUCAUCUGCUUGGUUUAUAAAGUAUGCUCCCUGAAAAUUGUUUAACCUUUCUAAAUCUAAAGUUGAGGCAAAUAUUUUGUUUUUCUAUUACUUGUGAUAUUGAUUCAAUAUGAUGAAUUAGGUUUUGUGCUAGUCUGUUCCGUUGAGAAAGGUUGAAUGUAAACAUGAAUUUAAAAAAAAAAAAUUGGUGAAUCAGUGUACAAUUGGUGUAUAUUGAUCCCUUGAGUUCUUUUGUAGAAAAUAUUUCUGCUUUUGUAAUUAAAGUACAAACUGAUAAUUCUA